GCUCUGGUUUCCUAGUUUUGCUGGCUUCGUUCUCUGAUCUUCUCUCUUUCCUUCCCCCCCGAAAAGAGUAAUGGUUUUGAUGGCAGUUAUAUAAUAUAAUUUUAAAACCUCUUCCCUCCCCUCGGAAUCAUCAAGUCUCAGACCCGAUCCAGAACAACGCAGCACCCCCGUUGGGAUUUACGGUCAUACACCCAACGAGUAUCUUAUCUGUCGUGGCCUUCGAACACCUUAAAUCCUAAGCAUCGUCCCGUUAUAAAUUCCAUUCAAUUCGUCCCAAUCUAUGAAAAGCCUGAGUUGAUUAUACUUCCUCGUCGGUUUUCGAAUAAUCCUAAGACAUUGUCAUCAUCACUUGCAUCUCCUCGACUUUCUAUUGUCCCGUCCCCUUGCUGGUCGGUUCCUGUUCGAUAGCUACAUCCCUAUCUGAUCCCACCUGAGACCAUCCCCAUCUUCUAUCCACAUCCUCUUUUCGUCCGCAGGGACCCCAGACCACUCGCGUCGAAGGGCGGAUUAUCGACUUCCUUCCCACCCUCUCGCUGAUCCCGACCUUCCGCCACCCGCUGGAUAGACUCGUCCGUGUCUUUUAUCCAGAGACAUUCGCGCCUCCUAGGAAACGGUGUCCCUGAUCCCGGCCACCCAGUUCCAUCCCAUCUCGCUCCGGAUUUGCCGCUCGUUACUCCAGGAACUCUAUAGUCUACAUUCCUGGCCUUGCUUGGGUCUCCGAAGGCACGCGACGCGCCUCUUCUUUUUUUGAACGCUUGUCUCUCGACCGGCCUCUCCUUUGGGAGGAUUAGCGAUGGCUUCUGCCUGUAAGUGUGAUCGACCCUGCUCUCCCCUCCGCCUUCUACGGCCUCGAGAUUUUGUUUAUUUCACCUCGCCUGCCCUCCUCCAUUCCCCAACCUCACCCUCAAUCCUUCUUUAUUCCUCUUCCCUUUCCGACAACCAACCGGCACCCAUGGUCACCUUCCUUCAUUCUUCCCAUUGAUUGUGCUUGCAUCACUUUCCCUCGUUGUCCAAUCACACUCUACACUCUUUCUUCCACUGUCCUUCUCCAACUCGGUCUUUCCCUCUGCCUGUUUUCCUCUCGCUGGCUCUCUCUCUGUCACUCACUGCAGAGCCCCUUCGUCCUUUCAUCGUCAUUGGAAUCUAUUUUUGCCACAUUCCCUGAACUAUAUUCUCCUUGUGUGUCGUAAUCUAUAUCGCAUAUACUGCACUUUCCUUGCCUUAUCUACAUAUAUCCCUCUCUCCACUCCAAAAUUACAAACCAACAACCACAUCGGCACAUCCAUCGUCUGGCCUAGAAGCAAGGAUACUAAACAGUGCUCGUGAGCAGGUGGAAAAGUCGAAGCACCUCGGAAAGACCGCGACACUACUGAGUCAAGCGAAGACAUGAGAUCUCAGCAUAACAUUGAUCGCCUUACCGUCGAAGUCGAUUGUUCCUCCUUGGGUUCCAACGAGUGCCCGUCAAUGAGUAACAGCUUCUCGCCUUUGGAUUCUCCUACGCCGACUCCAACAAGUAUAUACAGUCAAGGCGCAUUGGCCUCCCCCGGUUGGCAAGAAAGCGGACCGUACUCUGGGCACGCCUACGACCGCAACCCCGGCCCCGCACCUAUGCGAAGCGCAUUCAGACUCCCCGGCAUGGCGUCGAAUGAGGCUAUGGGCAUGUCUUACGGGAGUAUGGAUUCUCAGGAGCGAAUGCCUAUGCCGGACUUUCUCUCAGGAUACGAUGAGAAUGUUGAGCAGUUCUGGAUCCCGUCCGAUGCGGGAAAGACUUACGAACCGAGUACACACUCGCUGCCCUACCCGCCUGUCAUGCACCAAUACCCUCCCAUGGCCAGGAGUGGUUACCGUAAUCACAGUGCAUCCUACCUGCCUGAAUCUGCCACCAACCCCUGCCUAUCCCGGUCUAUCUUCCACCAGCCCGAGCGAGUCCCGACGUCGAUGUCCAUGAACAACAUGAUCCCUUGGAUGGCGCCUCCCGCCGAGUCUAUUCCUCAGACAAUCGCUCCGUCACAAGUCGGUCCAGUAACGCCGCCCCCUUCGUACUCUGAUUACUCGGCGUCCAUUAACACCCUGAAGUCACACACUCCAACGACACCGAUUCGAUCUGGCUCCCUCGGCACGGUCUCGGGUACAGAUACCCCAAUGAGCCGUCUUUCGGGUCCUGGUGACUACCUGGAAGACUUCCAGCAGUCACCGGUUUACCACGACGGCCUACAACGUCCGCACCGCACAAUGUCCCGGAAGGUCGCCCGAAAGCAGUCAUCUAAGCAGAGCCUUUCGCUGGAAAAUCUUCCCUCCAUCAUCAAGCAGGUCCAGUUUAAAUGCAAAGAACCUGGAUGCAAGGGGCGGUUCAAGAGACAAGAGCACCUGAAGCGACACAUGAAGAGUCACUCCAAGGAGAAGCCUCAUGUCUGUUGGGUUCCCGGCUGCCACCGUGCCUUCUCCCGCAGCGAUAACCUCAAUGCCCAUUACACAAAGACCCACAGCAAGCGCGGAGGCCGCAAUCGAUACGUUGCGACCUUGGAUGACACUAGUCCCGACUACGAUCCUGAUUUCCGCGGACAACUUACACCCGACGGUCGGCCAAUCUACGGAUCGAAAUUGGAGGAGCCUCUGAUCGAUGCUCGGGAAUUGAGUGUGGAUGCUUGGGACGAUUGAAGAAUUACGACUCAAUAAUCUGGGUGGAUCGGGAUAUGAUACCCUUGGGCACGACGGUGUGCGCCAAUUUUCCUUCUAUAUUUAGAUGGGCACAGACAUUUGGGUCCGGACAGACCACGGCCGGUGCUUCGCGGCGUUCUUUGUAAAACAUUUUUCUAUUCUUUCCUUUGCGUCCCUCAAACGUUGGAAUUCUCUUUUUUUUUUUUUUUUUUUGCAUACUUUCAUUUUCUUAUUGCCCUCUUGAAAAGGCAUUUUGGACUAUAAGUUGGAUAAUACUUUGGAAUUUGGGAGACCAAAAAUGGGUUGGAGACCUUGUACGAUCGAGUAUCGCUAUGUUUGUGUCGUUGAUCUGAUUGAUCUGUUGAUUACCCAACACUAUAUGAAAUAAUAUUUUUUUUUGUCGAAGAUCAAAUCG